AAAAAUUUUAGUGUGCUAUCUUUGCUCAUCUUUAUUAUGUUCAUAAUAAUUAGUCUCUGAAACAGAUAUGAUAUGUACAAUGAAUAUAGCACAACAAUUUCACAAAUAAGACUGGCAUGUAAAUAUUUUAGUGUUUGUAGCUGGAACUUGAAUGCUUUACAUUGGCUCUGAUCCGGACCUUACCGCUAUACACGAAAUUUUCAGGUCAGGAAGCCGACUACAUUUCUUUUUUUACCGCUCCCCUCUCCCUUUCUUUUGCAAGCAUUCCCAGCGUAAUUCAAUUUCCAUAAUGCCCAAUAACAGAAAGCAAAACCAAGGCAAACAAAAACUGCAAGAUCAGGUCCAACGACUCAACAAUGAAUUAGAAGAGCUUCGCCUCGAACGAGAAGAAUCGAAAAAGAACGUCUUGCACUUUAUGCAAGAAGCCGAUCUGGCGCGACAAGAAUUGCAAAAGGCAUAUACCAUGAUUGCUCAACUGUCACAACAAGCAACAGCAGCAGCACUACCCGUUUCUAUGGAAGCAACUGAAGAAGCAGCAAAAGUAGGGAAGACCGGAGGCUUGGUGGCGUCGUCGUCAGAGGACGACGAGCUUAUUGCAAUGAAAACGACACAACUAUUAGUAAUGUUACAGCAAGUGGACAACCCGAAAGGCGUUCUUGACCAAUUUUGGGAUCAAAUCAACAGUGGCAACAAUGCGAAGGACGAUGGCGCUGAACAACAAAAACAGAAGGAAGAGAAGGAAGAAGAGGAACGACGACGCGAAUUGGAGCAGCAACAGCAAAAGCUAAAGGAAGAUCAGGAACGACGACGACAAGAGGUGGAACAGCAACAGCAACAACAGCAGGAAGAAAAGAUACAGUCAUUAGCUGCCCAACUGAAGGAGGCACAUGAUCGAAUUUACGGUCUGGAAGCGGAUAAGCAGAAGCUCAUGGAAGAAUUGACGAUCGCCAAGACGGAUCAGGACACUGCGCGUCAAGCUCGCGACAUUGAGCAUGAGCGUGCAGAGACGCUUGAGAAACGAUGGCAGACGUCUGAGAGCGAUUUAGAGCAGGCAGAGACGCGUAUACAGAUGUUGGAACGCGAUCUAGAAUCGUUGCGACAAAAGGAGUGGGUAUCCAAGGCGCCCGCGUCACAUCUCGUGGAAAAGACAGAGUUGGAAGCCAAGUGUAAAGAGUUGGAGCAAGUUCAGGCACAAUUAUCGACGAUGGAAAAGGACCGUGUUGGUUUGCAGGAUCGGUUGGAACAUCAAUCGGGCCAGCUCAAGGAUUAUCGGGAAAAACAAUGCGCUUUAGAGGAGAAACUGUCUGCGUAUAAACAAUUGGAGAAUCAGCAGCAAGCGCUAGAGCAAGCAAAGAUAAGAGAGAACCAUCUAAAGACGAUCAACAAGACUCUUCGUGACGAGAUGCGUAAGGUGUCCCAGAGGAACAAUAUGGAAAUCAAUAACGAGUACUUGAAGAACGUUAUCAUCAAGUUUUUAGAGAAAAAGCAAACACGGGCACAACUUAUCCCAGUGUUAUCCACGCUACUACAGUGUUCUCGUGAAGAGCAGUCUCGACUCAACAAACUUGUCCGAAACAAAGUAUCGUCAUAAUUAUGCACCCGACGAUCGAAAAAAUAGAUAUAAAAAGGCCAUCCAAAGACAUCCACUUUCUCCCACUUUCCAUCUUAUUCUUAAAGCUCAAACCAAACAACCACAAUGAACAACAACAACCAACCCUCUCGCAUGAACGCCAAUGCCAACCAGGGCAUCGGUAACGUCAAGGAAACUGCUGGCAAUAUGAUGGGCAACGAUCGCAUGAAGGCUGAAGGCCAAGGCCAGAACACUGGUGGCAAGAUGGAAGAGAUGGGUGCCAAGGCCAACGAAAUGUGGCAGAAUGCCAAGAACAAGGCCGAGGGUGCCUUCAACGGUGCUAGCAAGGGUACUGGCCAGAACAACUAAUUAUUCUUUCUGGAUAUAUUGUAUAUACUUCUCAGUAUUAUAUAAUAAAGAAAAC